UUGCUUCUGAUUGUGAGAAUUCUUGACUGUUUGUUUGGACUGGGGGGGUUGGCCUUGAGCCCGGGCCUUUAAAGGAAGAAGGGGAGGGGCUGCCAAGGAGGAAAGAGGAACCCGGAGAGAUAGGGCAGGGGAUUAAAGCGCUUAAUCCUCCCGGUCCCCCUUCGCGGCUCGGGGCCAGCGGGGGCCCCUCUGCCUCACUCACCGGCCAUGGUCAGGGAAGGCAGCCCGUGCUGGACUCAGAAAUGCAGGGGGCUCCUGCUGGGCCUCUUGGUCAUCCUCAUCCUGGGAGCCGUGGUGGUCCUCUCGGCCGUGGUCCUGGCGCGCAGGAGGGAGCCGCCCGCCCCGCUGCCCCAGUGGAAGGGGAGAGGCUCCACAGCCCACCUGAGGGAGAUCCUGCUGGGGAGAUGCUUCUCGUACGCCGGGCUGCUGCACCCGGAGCUGAGAAAGGAUUGUCUAAAAAUAUGGGAAGCUUUUGAAAAAGCAUUCAUUUCCAAGAACCCAUGCAACAUUACAGAAGAAGAUUAUCAGCCACUGAUGGCAUUGGCUGCUCAUCCUAUACCUUGUAAUAAGACCCUGCUUUGGAGCAAGACCAAUGAGUUGGCUCAUCAGUACACCAAAGUCCGGGGCGAUCUGCUCACUCUGGAGGACACAUUGCUGGGCUACAUGGCUGAUGGACUCAUGUGGUGUGGAAGCCCUUCAAGUGCAGAAAUGAACUAUCAGUCUUGCCCACAUUGGCGUGAGUGUGCCAACAACCCCAACUCAAUAUAUUGGAAGAUGGCUUCCAGAAUUUUUGCAGAAGCAGCCUGUGGCGUGGUCCAUGUGAUGCUCAAUGGGUCAAUCAGCCAGCCCUUUGGAAACAGCAGCAUUUUCGGGAGCGUGGAGGUUCACCAUCUGAAUCCAAAGAGAGUCCACUUGAUGAAGGUCUGGGUGAUACACAACCUCAGUGCGCAGUCAAGUGACUCAUGUUCAAAAUCUUCCAUCAAGGAGCUGAAAUCCAUUUUAGAAGGCAGGAACAUUGCGUUCUCCUGCAAGGGUGACCACAGGGCUGUUCAACUCAUCCAGUGUGUGGGAAACCCCGAGGAGCCAGCCUGCAGAGCCUGUUGAAUGGAGCCUUGAGGUGCCUUUGGAACAGAAGCAUAUUGCGCAGUGUUAAUUUGCCUUCAUCUAGAACAGCUGGCACAGAGAGGGCAAACAUGGCAAGGAGAGAAUCUCUCAUGACCUAGAUGACCUUCCAAGGGCAAACUGGCUUAAUUCAAACAUCCAUGUUUGUGUCUCAUGAGAACUCAACAAAAAUGAUUCACAGUAAUUGUGUUUUAUCUGGGCCAGCUGGCGACUCUAUAGUGGACAGAGCACCAGCUCGGGAGUCGGGAGGCCCCGAGUUCAAAUACGACCGACGCACUUGCCAUUAGCUGUGUGAUCCUGAGCAAGUCAUCCUAUCCCCAUGGCCUCGGGGAAAAACCAAGGAAAGCAACAAGUAGCAGUAAUGAUUUAGCAAGAUUCUGAUAUUUGGCAAUCAACAAUUAUUGGAUCAAGAUAGGAAUAUGACAUUUGUAUCAAAUAACUUAUUUAGUGUUUCUCCAUAAGAAAAGCUAAAGUUCCGUGUCUACAUUAGUACCUUACUUCUACUGAAUAUAUAGCUAUAAAUAGACAGAUAGACAGACAGACAGAUAUCCCAAGGAACAUUGAUUUCCAUCCUAAUAAGUGCCUUUCAUUUGGUCAAGUAAAGACCAGUGUUUUUCCAAAAGCACAGGGGCUUCCAUUUCUGGGGGUCUGACUGUACUUCUCCUGCCAGUAUUUCCACACCCCCAAACUGGCCAUCCCACAGUUAUGUCACCAAACUAGCUGUAUAUCAUUUAAGCCCCUCUGCCUCAGUUUUUCCUUUCUGUAAAAUGGGGAGAAUAAUUGCAUCCACUUAUUAUGAUUCUUGGGAAGAUGAAAUGAGAUAAAAGAUGUCAAGGGUUUUGUAAACCCUACAGAGCUAAUGCAAAUGUAUAUUAGUAUUAUUAUAGUUAUUGUUGUUCUCCGGAAGCCCAGAUUAAAACUUUGACUUCCCCACGUUUGCUCUCUUUGAGGCCAGACUGGCUUUUUCUUUGGUCCGGCUCAUUGGGACGCUCGUCCUCCAGCCUUUCUGCCCCAUUUCCGCCGGCUGCGGACCCUCUUUUGCUCCAGACUAGCGGCCCAAGGCCUCCUGGAAGGGGACGGGCCGCCUCCAAGCCCAGCGGUCACCAUUGGGAAGUUUUUCCCAGCAGGAGCUGCACGUGCCUCAGGGCAGCACCCCACGCUGCCAGCCCUGCCCUGUGGGCCCACCGAGCGAGCCCCAGAUCCCCUCUGGCUAGUCCCGCUUGCCCAUGAGGGUGAUCGUUCCGGAGCCAAGCCCCCUGUCCCAGAGGGUAAAGGCCUUCCUCCGCAAAUCGCCCUCCCCAUCAGUUACUUCUCUAGGAUAGAACUUCCUAUGGUGGAGGAAGCUCGCGCACAUGCUCCGCUGCCCAGGGCUUGGUGCUCUGGGAGCCGGGCAGCUUCCUCGUUAGGGAGGGAGAAGCCGGGCCAGGCAAUGGGUCAGAGGGGAUCUGGGGCCCCUUCCGGCUCCGGGCGCUUCAUCCCGGCAGCCUCCGGCUCCCGAGUUAGAGAAGGAAAGGCGAGCCCUGCGCUCUCUCCGCUGAGAAACCCCCAGUGGGGUCAUGGGCAGCCGAUGGGACAAAGGACUGAGCAACAAACAUAUAAGUGUGUAUAAAUGCACACAGGCCCCCCCAUACAUGUACUACACACAUGUGGGCAUAUGUAUACACACAGAUACACAACACAAUGCAUAUAAACGUGUGUGCAAAUAUGCACACACACAUUUAUACACAUACAUAUACUGCGCACACUGGGCACACACAUACACAAUACAACACAUAAACAGGUAUGUGCAAAUACGUGCACACACACAUUUAUACACACACACACACACACACACACACACACAAGACCUUAGGAGAAAGGACACAGAAAAGUGGGGGAGGGCUCGCAGUCCCAAGGGGAGAAGGAGGGACACGCAGAUAAGCGCCCAGAAGCAGGCAGGGACAAAGGGAUGGGGACUGAGGGGGAGCCGCCUCCCUACCCCCCCAGCUCCCCGCACCCACGCAGCAGCCCCCAUGGCCAGCCCCCCUGUUACUCCAGACCUCACCCACUACCCACUUGUCCGUCAAGUAGGAAGCGGGGGCGGGGGAGGUGGGGAGGGGCAGAGCAGACCCAGGCCGGAGGUUCCCAUUUCCUGCCCGAGGGGUUCUCACUGUCCUGGUCAAGCUCCAAAUGUGCAGAGCAGCUGUUCUAGCUGAAGGAAGCCCUUUUUAGCUAUCUGGGGUCAUAGGGAAAUAUAAGGAUGUAAUAAAGUCCUGCUGCUACUUUAAAUGACCCAUGAGCGUCUCAUUGAUUCAUUCCCUCUGAGCCUCAGCCUGGUCCCUAGGAGUCCGGGCCCCAAAUCAAUCCAUCUGUCAACAUUUAUGAAGCAUCUACUAUGUGCUAAGGAUACAAAAGGAGGCAAGAGUCAUUCCCAGCCUUCAAGGAGCUUGCAAUCGGCUGGAGGAGUGAAUGGGACAAGGGUGGGGAAAAUACAGAGAGCAGGAGGGGGGCUCAACAGCUGCUGCCUCCUCUCCCCGAGGCUUAGGUUGGGGUCCCAGCUUUCUAAUCUGGGGGAUCACCAGCCCUAACCCCCUUUCUCUUUUCCGUAGCCCAGGCAACACCAUCUACAAACACUGGCUUCUGUUCUUGAGCCCCAAAUCUCCUCCUAUUCUAAUCUCUAGCCUGCAGAGAGCUCAGUCUCCUGUCAUUGCAUCGAGACAUGUUCUGGAGUUUCAGGAGGCCUCCAGUCACCCAGCUGCUCUGCCCUGCCCUGCUGCUCUUUCCAUUCAUGGUCCCCUGGGCAGAGAAAGUGACUGGUGGAGAUCUGGGCAGCUGGAGGUUCUUCAGAUGGCCCACGUGUCCUAAAUAUUAAUGGCAAUUCUCUUCCCUUUUUCACCCGAGUAAAAGCUGGAAACUAAACUUUCACCACCAUUUAGAACAUUCCCCCAAGUCAUUCUAGGAAGAAAAAGAGGCCUUUUCUUAGGUUUCUUUCACAGUAAUUAUAAUUACAGAGCAUUUAGUAGAGUUGGGAGUUUUCCUUUGUUUCUGGGUCUACAAAAUGUGGUAUUGGAUGGUGGUUGUUUUUAUGCAAGACCAAAAGCCUUGAGUGAGAAAGAGAAAUAGCCAGGAAUGUACUGCUAAAUAUAAACAGCCCAUUUUUGUAUUUUUAUUUUUGGAGGCAAUUGGAUCAAGUGACGUGCCCAAGGUCACACAACCAGUAAGUGCCUGAAGCUGGAUUUGAACUCGGGUCCUCCUGAUGUAAGAGUCAAUGCUCUACCUACUGCAUCAUUUAGCUGCCUCACCACAACCCAUUUUUAAGUUUAAUCUUAUUAUUAACAUUAACUCCAUCUUUUUUUUUUUUUAAGUCGAGCUGAGCUUCUUAGACUUUUUCCACUCAUGACCCCUUCUUGUCCAACAAAUUUUUACCUGAUCCCAGGUCUAUUGGUAUAUAAAAUAAGUCUAGAAAUCAAACAUUUACUGAUAAUAAAUCAUAAUUUCAUAAUCCCCACAUUUAGUUAUGAGUAUCUCCCAUGGAUUUGUGACCCACAGUUUAAGAAGCCGGGGUCUUGACAAUUGACAAAACAAUAUAUCUAUAUUCCGAUGACAACAAUUUAUAAAAAUAAAAACAAUACAUCGAGCCCCAAUUUGUAAUAUUUGUUGAAGCCCAAGAUAAAAUACUUAACACUGCAAAUUUAACAAUCUAGCCUGUUCUUGCUGACUCCAAUAUACCCUUAGCCAUGGUUUAAUUAAAUCAACAAAGAACAAAAAACCUCAUUUCUGUGAUUCUUAAAGGACAGAAAAGUGCUUCCUCACAACUACUCUUGGCUUCCCAAUUCCAAGUCUCCCUCAGGAGACCACCCUCCUGUUUGCUCAGUUUCCUAGUUUGUAGUCUUCACCUUGGGCUCCAGCUUGCCUAGGACAUGAUGCUUCAUUUUUCUCUAGUUCCAAGACCCUCUUACAUGCUGGUCCCAAACCAGACCAGACUCUGUGUGCCAAGAAGCCAACAGACAGCAGCAUAGCCUCAGCUGAUCUCAUUUUGUAUUCUGGAGCCAUCAGCCUGGGGACACCCAGCUCCCAUGCAAAUAGAUCCAUUCCAAAGAUUAAACUGACAUUAAAGAAAUCUGCAGUUGGUCUCAGAGGACACAGUGACACCAGGACACAAUGACAAUGCAGUACCUUUAAAUUCCCUAUCGUCCAAAGGAAAAAGCCCCUUUGCUUUCUUACCUUUCCAAUGUUUGCAAAAACCCACACGACUUGACAAAAUGUCACAUUUCAGAAAUCUGGGAUUUAAGGAGUUUGCAAAAUGUCACAGAUAAACAUUCCCCCGGGCAUCAUCUCACCUGAAAUUUGAAUAAACUAUGUAGGAGGUGACAUUUAGCCGGAACAUUAUAUAAUUGUGUUCUUGGGUGCACGGUGUGAUAGCCAUAUUUUAUAGCUUCUUUUUUAUUCUCAGGAGUACAGUAAGUCAAGAGUUCACCCCACUAGUCAAAUAUGAAUGGCAAGACCCGACUCCUCUCAUGCACAGCCAUUCUCUGAAAGGAGAUGUUUUAGCCCGGUCUGUAGAUGGAUUGUAAGGGGUUCAUGAACUUGGAUGGGAAAGAAGGAUCUUUACUUUCACCUACUUCUAACUGAACACACCAUUUUCUAUUAACUAGUACAACUAGUAUUUCCUUUACUGAUGUAAAAACUUGAGUCUAAGAAGGGUUCCAUAGGGCUCCCUACACCACCAAAGGGGUCCCGGAUACACACAAAAAUAUUAACAGGGUAUCUUAGAGAUACUUUCUUUUUCCAUCUCCCUUUUACCCCAUUAAUCCGGUGAAAAACAAGUAAAUUUCUUUUAUCAGAAAUUGAUAGUCAAAGAUGAGCUCUGCACUGAGCCCAUCACCUCUCUGCGGGGGGGGGGGGGGGGAAGUGCGCUGUCUAACUGUGGGAACUCUGGAACUGUGUUAGUCAUCGCAUUGAUCAGAACCCUUCAAAGUCCUUUAAAUCUUUGCCACGUCGAUGAUGCAGCUUGUUCUUGGCUCUCUGCUCACUUCAUUCUACAACAUACCCCCCCCCCCGCCAUGAUUUCUCAUAGCUCGAUAGCAUUUCAUUAUUUUCACAUAGUGUAAUUUGCUCUGUAACUCUCGACUUGACGAGCCCUCCAUUAGUUCCAGUUCUUUACCAUCACAAAAAACUACUCUUUUUUGUAUUUUUGUAUUAGGGAGCCUUUCCUUCCUUAUCUGGUCUCCAUGGAGUAGAGGCUCAGCAGUGGGAUCACUGGGAUAAAGGGUAUGCAGAAUUUAGUCACUUUGGGGGACACUGUGGGUACUUGGCCGUUAUUACAGACUAAUUUAAGUGGCUACAAAAACUCCUGGCAUGGGAGACAAUUUGGUACCGUGUCCCCCAAAGUAGGAGGUGAUAGUUGUUCUUUUUCAACAACAUCCAUGUAGAAACUUUUUGCUAGUUCCAAAUAUAUACCGGGAAUCUCAUGUACCAGGAGUUUUUAGCCAUUUAAAUUAGUCCAUAAUGACUGCCAAGUACCCACAGUAUACAAAGCACUGAACUGGGCACUAGUGGGGACAGAAUGGUCUGGUCUAAAAUGCUUUGGAUUAGAGUCCAGAAUCCAGAGUUCUAGCCCAGCUCAGCCACAGCCUGUGUGACCUCUCUCUGGAUCCUUACCCAGAAAAUGAGGGCAGGCGAACCAGAUUAUCGCCUAGGGUGCGUUAAAUGCCACCAUAGUUCUGGGCCUAAAGUCAAGACCACCUGAGUUCAGAUGUGGACUCAUGUGGUGCACAGAGGAGUUGGUCUGUCCCCCCCCCCCAAAAAAAAAACCCUA